UAGGUUGUUGUUUCAUGCAUGGCUGCUCGCCAUUCUGCUUCUUGUUGCUAUGGCAAUGGCUGCUGAACGUUCGACAUAUAUCGUCCACAUGGAUGGGUCGGUGAUGCCAAAAGCCUUCAACCAUCACCAGCACUGGUACACUACAUCUCUUCAGUCUCUAAGCGUUGCCACCUCAAAUCUACUCUAUGUCUACGAAAAUGCCAUGCACGGAUUUAGUGUUGCACUCUCAGACGAAGAGCUAAAAGCUCUGAAGAAAAUGCCAGGGGUGCUAGACGUGCACAAGGACAGACAAGUCAUAGUGGACACAACCCACACAUACGAAUUCCUUAACCUGAAUGUGGCCACUGGACUCUGGCCAGCCUCCAACUACGGGGAAGAUGUGAUCAUCGGCGUCAUCGAUAGCGGAGUCUGGCCUGAGCAUGAGAGCUUCAACGACAGAGGGAUGAGUGAAAUACCAACCAGAUGGAAGGGAGCAUGCGAGGCAGGAGAGGAGUUCAACUCCUCAAUGUGCAACCGUAAGCUCCUCGGAGCUCGCUACUUCAACAAGGGUGUCAUUGCCGGCAAUCCUGGUAAAAAUAUCAUCAUGAGUUCGGCUAGAGACAUUGAAGGCCAUGGCACACACACUUCAUCCACAGCAGCCGGGAGCUAUGCUGCUGCUAACUUUUUUGGUUAUGCCCCCGGGGUUGCAAGAGGGGUUGCGCAUAGAGCGAGAUUGGCCAUGUACAAGGUCCUCUGGCUUGAGGGGCGUUAUGCGUCCGAUGUCCUCGCUGCCAUGGACCAAGCUGUGGCUGAUGGUGUUGAUGUUAUCUCCAUAUCAAUGGGCUUCAGUGGAUUGCCAUUGUAUGAAGACCCGAUAGCCAUAGCAUCAUUUGGUGCAAUGGAGAAAGGAAUUAUUGUUUCCUCUUCUGCUGGGAAUGCCGGGCCGGCUAUGCAUACUCUACAUAACGGAAUCCCUUGGGUGUUGACCGUGGCAGCAGGCACAAUCGACAGGCAGCUCUCAGGGACAUUGGUAUUAGGCAAUGGUCAGAUCAUCACUGGGACAACUAAGUAUCCUGAGAACGCAUUUCUUGUGGACGUGCCACUCGUUUAUGAUGAAACUAUAUUGGCGUGCAACUCAUUGUCCUUGGUGUCCUCGGCAGCUGCUAAGAAGAUUGUUAUAUGCAAAGACAACGGGACAAUAUGGGAACAAGUAGCUUUAUUGACUCACUCCACAGCCGCCGGAGCUAUAAUAAUUGCCAAUACAAGUGAGAAUAUUUUCUUUUACACAACUCCUGUGAUAGUGAUCAAUCCUAGUGAAGGAGACAAGUUGAUUAAGUACGCUCAGAACUACUCAUCUGGCACUGUCACAAUGAAGUUCAAGGAGACCUACUUGGUCACAAAACCAGCUCCUGCAGUGGCGCUUUUCUCAUCUAGAGGUCCGUCACCAAGCUUCAAGAGCGUGCUAAAGCCUGACAUAAUGGCUCCAGGUGUUGAUGUCCUCGCUGCCUGGACUCCAAAAUCUCCAGUGGCGCACGUUGGCAAUGCUCCCUUGGCUGGUGAUUUCAGCAUCGCCUCGGGGACAUCAAUGUCAUGCCCACACGCAUCAGGUGUGGCUGCAUUACUCAAGGGAGCGAGGCCGGGCUGGAGCCCGGCUGCGAUCAGAUCAGCAAUGAUGACAACGGCGGCUGCAUCAGAUAACACUUUUCAGUCAAUUAAAGACGUUGGUAACAACUACAGUCCUGCAACUCCUCUGUCCAUUGGAGCAGGACAUGUAAACCCAAACAAGGCUUUGGACCCUGGGCUUGUCUAUGAUGCUACACCCCAGGAUUACGUAAGUUUGUUAUGUGGUUCUAAUUACACUCUUAAUCAGAUCAAAUUGAUCACUAGGUCUUCCAAGGACUAUGACUGCUCUGAACCUUCAUCUGAUCUUAACUAUCCAUCCUUCAUCUCCAUCUUCGAUGGCAAUCCUACGAGUUACUCCCAAACAUUUAAAAGAAUAGUGACCAACGUUGGUGAUGGUCCGGAGAAGUACACUGUGUCUGUGACGGUGCCCGCAUGGCUUUCAGUUGUUGUGGAGCCGAAUGUGCUAGUUUUCAAGGAGAAGUAUGAGAAGCUGAGUUAUGAGGUUCAUGUGAAGACAAGCUUAGAAGCAUCAGGGAUGGCUGCAUAUGGAUUCGGAGAUCUUCUCUGGGUUUCUGAAACUAGAAAAUACAAAGUUAGGAGCCCAAUUAUGGUGCUUCUUUAGGGUUCACAAGAAGAGUUCUUCCUAAAUUCUUGACUAAGUUCAAGCUUAUGCUGUUGCUCACUUAAUUUGGUACUUGUAUGCAGUGGCGGAACCAGAAACAAAACC